AUGUAUCCAUCUUGUGAUAAUUUCACGGAUGCUGCUCGUGAAUUGAGCAUAUGUAAUCCUUCAAAGUUAAACGAAACGGAACUUGAACAACCAUUGUUUGACGAGGAUCUCGAAAGAAUAGUGUCGCUGACAGUCUUUGUUCUCUUUGGUUUUAUAUUUGUUGCGGGCUUGAUAGGAAAUGCUUUAGUUGUUAUUGUGGUAGCUUUUAAUCCAUUGAUGCGUUCAACGACCAAUAUCCUGAUUAUCAAUCUAGCCAUUAGUGACCUGAUGUUCGUUAUUAUGUGCAUCCCAUUCACAGCAAGUGAUUAUAUUUUGCCAAAUUGGCCAUUUGGGGACUUAAUGUGCAAAAUAGUUCAAUAUAUGAUUGUUGUCACGUGUCUUGGUAGCGUAUACACGCUCGUACUCAUGUCACUUGAUCGAUUUUUAGCUGUCGUUCAUCCAAUUUCUUCGAUGUCUAUAAGGACCGAACGUAAUGCCUUAAUAGCCACAUUAUUGGCAUGGUUUUUCAUCUUUACAACUGCAAUUCCAACUGCUAUUUGCCACGGUGAAGAUACGUACAUGCAUAAAGGCGAGAAUCGUACUGCAUGCUUGUUUUUAGUGGAACAAGGAUAUAAUCAUAGCUUGUUUCAAAUUUCAUUUCUACUGUCAUCCUAUGUAAUACCACUCUCAUUGAUAUCGUUCCUCUACGUCGGAAUGUUGUCAAGACUUUGGAGCAGUAAUGCGGUUGUGGCAUUUUCCAUUUGCUGGGCACCAAUUCAAAUAAUUCUUGUUUUAAAGUCUCUGAGACUUUACGAGACCACCACACUUACCGUGUCAAUUCAGAUAAUAAGCCACGUAUUAGCUUAUCUAAACUCGUGCUUAAAUCCGUUUCUUUAUGCCUUUUUAUCAGAAAACUUUCGGAAGGCAUUUCGCAAAGUGAUGUGGUGUGGACCAACAUCAUCGCAUUAUAUUUUGGCAGCCCCCGACACAACUAAAUCGACACGUACCGGAACACGACACACAGGGAAUGGUGCAGCAAGUGUUGAUAUAUUAUAA